AUGACAUCGAAACUAUCUUACGCGCAUCCACUCUCCCCCCUCAGCAUUGAGGAGACCGCCUCUGCAGCAAAUGUUAUUCGCGCCUUGCACCCUGACACAAUUCUUCACUUCCGGGUUAUAUAUCUUCGAGAGCCUGAUAAGGCAGAUCUUGUCAAGUUUCUUGACAUUGAACAUGCUGGAAGGCUGACACCCGAGACACCAAGGCCUCCUCGUCUGGCCUCAGUGCACUAUGUUGUGGUGGCCAACCAAGAGGAGCCCCAAUCAAUAGAAGCCAUCGUCGACCUGGAAAAGCUUGAGCGCGUGUGGGAGAAAACUGUCAAAACCGACGUUCACCCGAGCUUCACAUUGCAUGAACUUCAAGAGACUGUCAGAAUCUGCAAUGCGUCUGAAAUUCUGCAGUCCAAGAUUGCGGCCCUUUCACUUCCCGAUGGGUUCGAAGCGGUCAUCGAACCUUGGCCCUAUGGCGGUCUCGACAGUCAUGACGAGAAUCGCCGAUAUUUCCAGGCGCUUGUCUUUGCCAUUGACAAACGGAAGAACAACCCAGACGCCAACUUCUACAGCUAUCCACUUCCUUUAAUUCCUGUGGUAGAUUGGAUCAAGCAAGAGGUCGUCCGGGUUGACGAAUUGGCCACUGGAGGCGUGGAUGACCCUUACGUUGCGCAGCCCAGGGGAAAGGGCAUUAUUGACCAUUGCCAGCCUUCCGAGUACGUGCCGGAACUUCUCGUAACAAAGAUGCGAGAUGAUCUGAAAGAGCUCAAUGUUCUUCAGCCCAACGGACCUAGCUUCAGUGUCAAAGACGAGAGUCUGGUGGAGUGGCAGAAAUGGAGGAUGCGCGUCAGCUUCAAUCCUAGAGAGGGCGCCGUAAUUCAUGAUGUUCUUUAUGAUGGACGCAGUGUGCUGUACCGACUAUCCAUCAGCGAUAUGACGGUUCCCUACGCCGAUCCUCGCAAUCCAUUCCACCGCAAGCAAGCCUUCGACUUUGGCGACGGGGGUAUCGGCCACUGUGCGAAUAAUCUCGAGCUUGGAUGCGACUGUCUCGGGGUCAUCAAGUAUUUAGAUGGUGUUCUGAACCGCCCCGACGGUACAGCUCACUGCUCGCCUAAUGUCAUCUGCCUCCAUGAGCAGGAUAACGGCAUAGGCUGGAAGCACACAAACUGGCGGACAAACAGAGCCGUCGUGACCCGGCGGCGAGAGUUGGUCAUUCAGUUCAUUUUGACCGUAGCCAACUACGAAUACGUUUUCAACUACAAAUUCGACCAAGCUGGAGGUAUCACAGUUGAAACAAGAGCGACCGGCAUCUUGUCUGCAGUCAACAUCGAUGCUGGCAAAACGGCACCGUGGGGAAAUAUCGUAUCCCCUGGCGUGCUUGCUCAGAAUCACCAGCACAUCUUCUGCGUACGGAUCGACCCGGCUAUUGAUGGCUAUGAAAAUACGCUGGUACAGCAAGAAUCGCUCCCACUUCAGAUUGACACCAGAACAAAUCCCAACGGAAAUGCGUACAAGGUUGAGGAAACGCCAAUCACAACAUCGGUCGGUCUUGAUGCCGCUCCCCACAAUGCACGAUUGUUCAAGAUUCAGAAUUUGAGUAAGCGUAAUCCAGUCAGCGGAAAACCAGUUGGCUAUAAGAUCGUGCCUCCGCCCACUCAGCUUCUUUUGGCAGAUCCUCGGAGCCGCCAGGCUCAAAGAGCACUUUUCGCUCAUCAUCAUCUUUGGGUGACGAAGUACAAGGAUGACGAACUUUACGCUGGAGGUCGCUACACCUUGCAAAGCACGAUUGAGGAAGAGGGAGUGUCAGAUGCAGCUGCGCGAUGCGAUGAUGUCUUGCAGAAUGAUAUCGUUAUUUGGAGCGUAUUUGGGCUCACUCACAACCCGCGUGUUGAGGAUUGGCCCGUGAUGUAA